CAACAUCGCGUUUCCGCCAUGCUGUGAAAAUAACCUUUCCCCUUGGCUAGUGAAGAGGUUGUUUUCUGCUGCAAUUGUUUUCUUCAGAAUAAAAUGUCAGCGAUGGAAGUGGACCCAUUGGAAGAUGAAGUCGAAGUGCCGUCUUCCAGCACUUCAAAGGGAGACAAGAAGAGAUUUGAAGUGAAAAAGUGGAAUGCUGUGGCACUGUGGGCCUGGGAUAUUGUUGUGGACAAUUGUGCCAUCUGCCGAAACCAUAUUAUGGACUUGUGCAUUGAGUGUCAAGCAAACCAAGCUUCUGUUACUUCAGAGGAAUGCACUGUUGCUUGGGGAGUUUGCAAUCAUGCUUUCCAUUUCCAUUGUAUUUCCCGAUGGUUAAA